AUGGCCCAAACUGAUGACGACAUUCAUAUGAAAGAGUUCAACGAACUGCCUACUGAAAUCUCAAUCAGUGAAGGUGAAACUUCUGGAUAUAUCAGCACAGAAUCCAAAAUUUCAAGAGCUCUAAUAGUUACAGAGCGUUACUUACGCUACUGGUUUAGAAUAUUUGUCUCUAACUUCCGUAGAGGUCUACUGUUCAAAACUUUGAUCUUGUUCAGUAUUAUUUCACUUCUUUUCAUCUUAUUUCAUCCAUCAGGAAGUGUACAAUUGCAAAAUGUAAAUUAUCAAUAUUAUUCAGCUAUCAACAGUAUCCGCUCAAUUAAAUCGAAAAAAGAUUUAUUAAAUGUUAACAUCAGAAAUUUAUUAAAAUAUAAACGUUACGAAUCUUUACCGUUGACUGAUAAAAUAUUGAACGACGACUAUACAAGAUAUAAUAUUACUGGCUAUGUGUCAAAUUUAGACCUGGCAAAACAUCUAGCUAAUCAUAAACCUGAAAAGAAGAAAAACGAGAAUGUUCAAAAAGGUGAAAUGCUAAGUGAAGGCAACUAUCACGAAGGUUACGAAAAUAUGGUAAGCUGUGAUGAUUUAGAAUAUAAUAGUUAUAUCGAAUAUUCAAAUUUUACUAAAAUCUUGGAAGAUGAUCUUAUAGAGGCAAGACGUGCUAUCAUUAAACAAGGUAAUAAAGCUUCCAGCGUAGUUAAUCCAAAGGACCAACAAGACAAAAAAGAAGAAGAUAUCAUUAAUAAGAAAUGGUUUAGAUUUGGUGCUUCCGCCGUGUGGUUAGAAAAACAUCAAUGUUUCGUUGUUUACAGCAGAGUUAUCUAUUCACAAUUGGACAGGAGAAAUCAUCCAAAAACUUCAUUUUUAAGGGGUCAAACCUUUGAUAAAAAUUGGAGAGAAAUUAAAGGUAAACGUAUUCCAUAUGAUGACGUUACAAUACCAACUGAUAUGAUUAAUCAAAUCGAAAACUUGAGAAAUGAAUUCGGUGAAACUGAUUGUGAAAGUAUUAAGAAGAAAAACGGUAAAAAUGCUUACGAUAAAUGUAUCACUAAUCAGGCAAAUGAUCGUUUGAAAAUAAACAAAGAAAUUGAAACCGUUCUUUCCAAAUAUUAUGUCACUUAUCCAAUCGUUUUUGACCUUCCUUUUGAUACUAACGGUGACUUCAAAGGUCCUGAAGAUCCUCGUGUUAUUAAAAGAUCUAACUCAGGCUUUGAAGAACCAAUCGUCUUGUUUAACAAACAUGACGAUUAUGAAGGUAAAAGAAGAAUGUACGCAUUCUUCCCUCAUAGAAAGAAUGAUCCUUUAGUCAAGUUUAAGAGUGAUACUUUUGGAUUGAGACAUAACGAAAAGAAUUGGACACCUUUCUUCCAUAAGGAAUAUUACAGAAGUAAGAUUUCUCGUGGUUAUAUUCAUUUCAUUUAUCAAUUCAUGCCAUUCGAAGUUCUAAAAUGUAACUUGAAUGAUGGUUUAUGUGAAAAGGUUUUCCAAGCCUCUACCUUGGACUUAUCUUCAAAGAACAAACAUGAUGGUAUGAGAGGUGGUACUCAGUUUGUACAAUUACCCGCUGAAAUUCCAGAAGUUAAAGGAAAACAAAUUUGGGUAGGUUUCCCUAAAUUGCAUAUUAAA